GAUGAAAAGUUGACCAUUAAACAAUUACUAUAAUAGAACUCAAACAAAACUAAGAUAUCAAUAAAGUUAUUUCCAUUUUUUAUUGAAAUAUUGUAUAAGAAUCAAAUACACAUGCUAACUUCCAAUUAUGUAAAACAAAUCUUCUUAUAGGUUUAAAACGGUGAAGUAAUAAAUUUAGAAAAAUGAAUAUUUUCCGACAACAGUUUAAUAAUAAUAUGAUUGCUAAAAACUAUGCAAGAACAGUUCAAUCAAUUACUUGUAUGUGAAAAGAAAAUGAAUAGAAAACUUUUAAGUUUUCAGACAUCAACGAUAAAUGAUACAAAUGAUAUCCCACUUAAGAGUUCAUCUGAAAUUUGGGAGCUACAAAACCUGAAUUUAAAUCAACAUAUAGAUGAUAUAAAUGAUAUGUCCACGGAACAAAAAACGGAAAUGCAUGUACAACCAGAAAAUAUAAAAAUAUUUAGAGAAAUGUCAGAUAAAAAAUUAUCAGCUGAUAAAGACAAAUGUAAUAACACGAAAAAACUCAACAAUAAAUUGCGCUUUCGUUAUUAUUCAGUAGGACUGUUAAAUAGUUUACAUUUAUUGACUGCAGACUCAAAUUGCAACAUUGACACAACUAACAAAACAUGCGCACCGAUAAAACGUUUAAAACAACCACAUACGCGUAGAUAUACUAUCAACCUUCCAGAACAAAAAGAUGAAUUAAAAUCUCUAUCAUUUAAUGAAGUAGCAUCAUAUAUGGAUAUUGGUGGUGACAAUUCUAUUUUAAAUGAAAUCGAAGAACCAUUAUCUUUGGAUAUUAAAACUCCAUAUAGUCACCAACGUCAAAGUGUUAUUAAUAAUAAUAUAGACAAUAAGAGUAGUUUCCGUGAACGAGGAUGGUCUUUGUACAACUUAAAAGAACAAUUUAUUUCAUUCUUUCAACCAUCGGAUAAUAAAUUAGCUCUCAAAUUAUUUGGCAACAAAGUAGCCUUAGCAUGUGAAAAACGUAGGCAGCGUGAACAAGGUAAAUGGAUCAUACAUCCAUGCAGUAAUUUUCGAUUUUACUGGAAUGUAAUUAUGCUCAUCCUACUAAUGGCUAAUCUUAUAAUGUUGCCGGUGAUAAUUUCUUUUUUUAAUGACGAUCUACCUGGAAAUUGGCUUAUUUUCAAUAGUAUCUCAGAUACAUUGUUCAUAUUGGAUAUUAUUGUGAAUUUUCGUACUGGUAUUAUCAGAAAUGAUUUUGUGGAUGAUAUUAUACUUGAUCCAACCGAAAUUGCCCGUGAAUAUUUGAAGACAUGGUUUAUUUUAGAUAUGAUUAGUUCUAUACCUAUGGAUUAUGUUUUAUUCGCAUUCAAAGGAUAUGAACAAGGAGAAAGGGCUGAACAUUUGGUGCAAGCAGGUCGUGCGUUACGAAUACUGCGAUUAGCGAAACUCCUGAGUUUAUUAAGGCUUCUUCGUCUUUCGCGUCUAGUUCGUUAUAUAACACAGUGGGAAGAAUUUAUCAAUAUUGCAAGUAAAUUUAUGGGAAUAUGUAAUCUAGUCCUAAUUAUGCUAAUAUUGGGCCAUUGGAAUGCAUGCUUACAAUUUCUUGUACCAAUGUUGAUGGAUUUUCCAGUAGACAGUUGGGUCAGUAAAGCAAGAUUACAAAAUGCUUAUUGGUUUGAACAAUAUACAUGGGCUUUGUUUAAAGCACUAUCACACAUGCUGUCUAUUGGUUAUGGGCGUUAUCCUCCAAGUACAUUGCCAGAAGCAUGGAUUACUAUUAUAAGUAUGAUGACAGGUGCUACAUGUUACGCUCUAUUUGUUGGUCAUGCCGCGGCACUGAUACAAUCAUUUGAUGCAUCUAAACGUAAAUAUCGAGAGAUGUUAAAACAAGUUGAAGAAUAUAUGGCUUAUAAAAAAUAUCCUCGAGCGUUAAGAAGACGUAUUGCUGGUUAUUAUGAACAUAGAUAUAAAGGGAAAAUGUUUAAUGAGAAAGAAAUUUUAGGUGAAUUAUCAGAGUGCCUAAGAGAACAAAUUAUAAAUUACAACUGUCGUGCCUUAGUAGCAUCUGUUCCAAUAUUUGCUAAUGCCGACCAAAAUUUCGUAUCAGAGGUUAUUGUUAAGUUAAAACAGGAGGUAUUUCAACCCGGUGAUUUAAUUAUAAAAGAAGGAACGUACGGCACAAAAAUGUAUUUCAUACAAGAAGGUGUUGUCAACAUCAUUACUAAAGAUGGUAUACUAGCUACAAGGUUGUCGGAUGGGUGUUAUUUUGGAGAAAUAUGCUUAUUAACAAAUGCACGACGUGUAGCUAGUGUUGAGGCUGAGACUUAUUGUACACUAUACUCACUGGACCAAAAAAACUUCUACGAUGUCUUAGAAAAUUAUCCGGAAGUGAGAAUAACAUUGGAAAAGGUAGCUGCAGAACGCUUACAAUCUCUUGGUCGUAGAGCAUCAAUUAUACAGGCCUCAAACAAUAAAACUGAUUGGUCAGAUUACGCUCUAAAAAUGGCUGAUGAGGUAAAAUUACGUAAUAAAACACCAAGAGUUGAAGACUUACUUCCGAUCUCUUCCGCGAAGACUGAUGGAGAAUGGUGAGCUAUAUAAGUGUUGCUGGAUAAGGAUUAAACUCCUCCUCAAAUUAGGAAAAAAGCAAAUCAAAGGAAAUGUCCUAUUUCAUUUUAUUUACUAUUUUAGCAAAUAAAUUUAACUAUAAAUGCGAUUGUACAAUGUAUAUAUAAAACACUAUACUUAGACCAACAACGACAGCUUCUAUCAAUACAAGAGAUAUUUAGAUGAGACUUUUAUUAUUUGUGGCAAAAUAUCAGUGUCAACAUCCUGAACUCAUUCAGUAACUGUCAUUACACAACUAAGUUCGCAAUAACAUCAGAGUGAUAUUUGGAAUCUCAAUUAAUAAAUAUUUGGGCGAAAAGGACUGUCAAAAACUCUAUCUUGAAUCAUCUAGUCGUUUUUGAUCACUCCACUUCACCAGGAGCCUCUUUCAAAAUCAUACAUACAAUCAAGAGAGUCGGCUCAAGAGGAGUGGUAAUGAGAAACUUAUGUGCAGCAGAGGCUAUUGCUAUCCACAAGCUCAAGCUUAACCUUUGCGUACGAAAACAGUAUGUUACGUCCGUCAUUCUUCCAUUGUCUUAACCUUCCUUAACCUAUCAUUUCUUUAAAUUAUUAUUUCUACUUCUUUCUAAUUAUUCUCACAACCAUUAAUUAGAAACUUUUAACUAUUAUGUUCAAAUUAGUUAUCAAGUGAAAAAUUAUCUCUACCUUAUCGUUUUAAUAGCCGAUUAUCGUAUGACUUCCUUUCAAUAUCCGGUUUUCGUAAAUAAUUCAUGUCAGAAUACAACUUCAAGUUUUUUUAAUAUUUGAUUUUAUUACAGAGUGCUACUUAACAAGUAAAACCGACUAUAAAUACGAUUGAAUAGUCCAAGUGAAGUCGUUGAAAAGGUUUUCUUCUCUGAAUCGUUUUCUUUCUUCCACACCGAUACAAUGGGUUUCUUUCUUUAUUUGCUUCUUAAAGUGUUUCAUUUACUAUUCAAUUCGCCAAAUCUGAAAUUGAGCUACUGUUGCGUCCUUAUUAGUUUUGACUUCACUGGGCGCUAAAUUUUUAACCUAUAUUUUAAAUAUUCGUCUACUGUGAACUACUAUCACUGGCUUCUCCAUUUCAUUUUAUUACCAUUACUUCUAAGUGCUCACUAAUCUAAAACCAUCUGAUAGGUGGUUGUUUAGCCAUUUGAAACAACUUACUUACCAAUCAUCUGAUUUGAAAGUUUGUUAUACUCAAGAGAUAAAUCAAAAAUAGAUACCUUAAGGUUAAAUAGAUCAUCAACAAUUGUUGGUUCGUCAGACGUUACUAACAUAAGAGCUAGUACCUAGAAUGGAACUCAUGUCCAAGGCAUUGGAAAUCUAAACAUGAGAAAUAUAUUUCAAAAGGAAAAAAUAUAAUUGGAGGAUGAAACAAUGAGACCGAAAUCAAUAAAAAGACUGAAUACAACUGCUUCACUGUAAGCGACUUCCAUUCAUGCCAUCAAAUGUCUUCAGUGUAACUGUAAGCCAUUUUAUGUUUAUUUAUACACUCGAUCUAAUUAGAAUUGUGUAGCAUACAAAGAUAUAGUUCAAAAGAAAUUAAAUUUGUUCUAGUCAAUCAAGCUAUUUAAAUCUAACAAUACUUUAUUACUAAUUCUGAUUAACAUUUAGCAUGAUUCAAAUUAUUCCACAAAGAAUAACUACUGUGGAAAAGCCCAGAUUAAAAAUGAAUCAAAUAAAUCUAUUAUUCAAAAAAAUAAAUCUUUAGCAUCCAUGGAUUUUACCGAUGCUUUAUUGGAAACUGGUCUGAAAACAAAAUUAUCAAAUCCUGUUAUUGUUCAGUCAACUGAAUUGUUAAAUAUCCAUAACCAAAAUGAUCAUUUCGAUAAAGAAAUUAGAUUGAAAAUACAUCAACCAAUUAUUACUACAACACAUAUACAUUUACCAAAUGAAUUUGAGAGCUCAAUAACAAAUGCAUAGUUAUAUAUACACAUAUACACAUACAUUUAUUUAUAUUACUUAUAAGUUAAGAGAAACAAACAAUUUCAGCAACAUUCACUAUUGCUAUCAUAAAACUACUCCAUCGGUAACUCUUCAAUUUCCAUUUUGUAAUUAUUCCCAAACUGCUUUUUUCAUAAACCUUAUUUCACUAUUCCUGAUUGUUUACAAACAAGUAUACCUAUUGUAUUAGAACCUACUUCGGGUGCAUAUCAAUUCUGUAGAUGAUUAAUCUGAAAAAUAGUUGCCGAAAGAUUAUUAUUAUUAGAAUUGCCAAUUGACAAAACCAUUCAGGUUUUACGCCUUAAUAGCUUGUGUAUCAUUUGAUUGAAUAAUUUUUAAAAUAUUGCCAUAACUUAUAAU